AAGAAAUUUGUUAUUGCCAACGAUAUCAUGAACAUCUCGGGAAAGAUUGUAAGUAAUAAUGGUCCAGUCUUAAUCGUAGCCGAAAUAGGACAAAACCAUCAGGGAUCAGUGCCAAUUGCGAAAGAGAUGAUUCUGAAGGCAAAGGAAAUAGGCGUUGACUGUGUGAAGUUUCAGAAGUCAGAUUUGGCCUCCAAAUUUACCCGCAAGGCUUUAGAAAGACCUUAUGAUGGUCCAAACUCUUGGGGAGGUACAUACGGCGAACACAAAAUGCAUCUGGAAUUUUCAAUCGACGAAUACAAGGACUUACAGAAGUUUUGCUCGGAUAUAGGCAUUCUUUUCACGGCGUCAGCGAUGGAUCCCGUUUCGUUUCAACAACUGGUAGACCUUAAAGUCCCAUUCAUUAAAAUUGGUUCCGGUGAUGCCGACAAUCUUCCCAUGCUGAGACAAGCCGCACUCGUCGAUAUGCCCCUCGUCGUAUCAACCGGCAUGCAAUCGUGGGUUCAAGUUCAACUGAUUCGAAAAAUUCUUAGCGGCAAAGCCACGGCACUCCUUCACUGCGUUUCCGCCUACCCAACGCCCCCCGAAGAAGCAUACCUUAAUUUGAUACCACUGUACAGGCAACACCUCCCGGAUUUGGUCAUUGGUUACUCGGGACAUGAGCAAGGACUACAAAUCACGGUGGCUUCUGUGCUUCUGGGAUCCCGUAUUGUCGAACGCCACUUCACGUUAGACAAGAACUGGAAGGGAACGGAUCACAAGGCGUCCCUUGAUCCGACUGAAUUCGGUAGAUUAGUCAAGUACAUCCGGACAGUUGAGAAUAUGGAACGCACUGAGACAACCGUCCAGGUACAGAACAUUUGUGCCCAAGUCUUGACCGAGUCGGAUUACAACAGGGAAGAACUUGAUCACGCUUUAAAAUCGGUAACGGUCGAUGAUCGUAAACUGUUAGAAUCGGAAAUAGCCUGCCACAGCAAAUUGGGAAAAUCACUCGUUUUUGGAAGCGAUAUUGAACCAGGCCAUGUCUUGCAGGCGGCCGAUGUAGCGGUAAAAGUUAGUGAACCACGUGGCCUGUCGCCCACGUUGUUCGAUAGCGUUGUUGGAAAAAUAGUGGCUGUCAGACGAAGCAAGGACGAUCCCAUUCAGGAAAAUGAUCUGGUAAAUUUGAUCGCGCAAAAAUUGCUUUAAUAUUAAUGGUGAGUUUGAGAGCUUAAAUCAAAUAUAACGAAAAAAGUAUACAUUA